AUGAUAAAAGGUUGGUAGUUUAUUUUUUUAUUGGUUUACUGAGAUUAUUACAGUUACCUAACUAAAUGAAUAUGUACCUAAUUUACAGAAAACGCACAAACAUUAAAGGCACCGGAAAAAGUGGAUGACUUUUUGUCAUCAUUGUUUAAAUCUUUGGACAGACAAAAAUCUAAAGAUGAUCGCAAAUCAAUAGAAAAAAAAGUAAUAAUUUAAUUCUUGUGUAUACCUAUAGGUUGAAGUGGGGUAAUUGUAAAUAGAUUAUUAAUUAUAGUUUUUUUUAAAUUUAAAUUUUAAAAUUUAAAAAAAACUUAACAUUUUUUUUUAAAAUUAAUUGUAGUUUUUUGUUCUUUGUUAUUGUGGUUGAAAUUAAUUAUUAAAAUUAAUAAAAAUUUAAAAUUUAAAAAAUAAGGUUUCACAAGAAAAAAUGCUACAAAUGUAUUUCUCAAUUUUCAACUCAAUAUAAAUUUUAUAAUGAACCCAAAAAAAAUAAAAUAUUUAAACUUUUAUGGAAGUAAUUGUAAUAGUAUAAAAUUGAACCUAUUGAAUAUUAUGCAAUUGUAACUGAGGCAAUAUGAAAUAAAAUGAUUCCUGACCAUUUUAAGAGUCCCAAGUAUAAAUUAUACAUAUACUUACAAUCGUCUCAUUUUUUAUUAUGUAGCCAUUGGGGUAAUUGUAAAUAAUAAUUACAUUCACACAUUUACAAUAACAAAAUGCUUAGAGCAAAUGUAAAGAAACACAAAAUGUAAUAUUUUAACAUAAUAUCUUUAUUCUUAUACCUCUGUAUCAGUCUUUUGAUAUGUAAUCAUUCCAUUAUAUAUAUUCCAUCUUAAUACUAAUAAAAAGUCAUUUCUUCAACUUCUUAAUACUAAUAAAACUUUAAAACAACAUAGGUAUUCUUAACUCUACAUCAGUAUUUUGAUAGAUAAGUAUUUUACAAUAAAAAAUUAAGUAGGUAAUUUCUUAAUACUAAAAUCACUUCAUUUACAAUGAUAAAACCAGAAAAUUUAAUUUGUAUGUUUAUUUUGAUAUUACUGUUAUAACUUUAUUAAAUACAUACAAAUUUAUUUAUUUAAUAAAAAAAAUUUCUUUAGAAAAAUUAUAAAAAUGUUUAUCGAAUUUGAAUAGUGAAUAAGUUGAUUUCUGUAAUAAUUCUAUUUGUCUGACACACAUUUUAUGUUUUAUUUUGUUAAAAAAAAAUAUAUUAAAUAUAUUCUUUUGCUGAUACCUUAUUCAUCUUUACUAAUUUGUAAAUGAUAUUGAUAUUUUGCAAGCCUGCAAAUAACUAAUCUAAGCAACAUUACAUUAUUUUUUUAAAUCCUUAUUUUUUCCUAACCCAUAUAUAGUUUGUGUAAAAUAUUAUUUUAUGUAAUGUAAAUUUGACGUGUAUACAGUAUGUGUAAAACAAAAAAUAUGUGUGUAAAAAUUUUAAUUGACAGAAUUUUAUUAAAAAUACUGGAAAAUGAACUAAAGGAAAAUAUCGCUUAAAACGUAAAAAAAUUACUUUAAAAAUUAAAAACGUCAAAAAAUGCCAAAUAAAAAGUUUCAUAGAUGAAUUUGUUCUCACAUAAUUCAAAUUAUGCAUAUAAAAAGCUACAAUUCACAAUCAGCUAAAAAAAAUACACACUCCUACAGCCCUAAUUGAUGAACAAAAAAUCAACAAAAAUUGUUUGGUCAUUUUGAACAAUCUUUUAACUCCAUCCUUCCAAUUUUUUUCGUACAAAUGAGGCAUUAACUUUGUUUCUAUCUAUAAUUAUCUGUUUGAGUAUCUUUGUCAAACCUUUUAGAUGUACUUCAGGUAUUUGUAACCUUUUUAAAGUUGAGAAAGAUCUCUUCCACUGUAGCUGUAGAUACUAGUAACCUGGUAAAAAAGUAUUUUGAUAUUAGGGGAAAAUCCACUGCAGUGUUCUAAUGCUUCAACUAAAAUUUGUGGAUUGUUUUGAACUUUGACCCACUUAUUUUUCAAUAAAUUUUGUUUCUGUUUUCAAUUCUAAAUUCGAACCCUUAAUAUCUUUACAAUAAAUGUUGGCAGAUUUAUAGAAUCAUGCCCGGCCUUAAGAAAAAUACAUGUGUAUGUGUAUAAUAUUUAUUUGAACUAAAUAGCAACAUGUCAAGGGGGGGGGGGUGCUAAAUCACCCUAGCACCUCCUUUAGAGCACCUUAACACCAUACCUGAACACAGUUUGUAAUUGUAAGCUAAGAAUUUCUAUUCUGUCAAAAAUUCUAAUUGUAACAAUUAAUAAUAAAAAAAUCAACCCUGCAGCCCCUGUAUACUUGACGCCUACUUUACUUCUUGGACUAAAACAAUUGGAAAAAGUAUUUUCCGGAUCAUUAAAAAAUAAAACUUCCAGUCUGAUACCUAAGAAAGAUGUUUAAAGACUUUUUAAUAGUGAAGAAUGUUUGAGUUCCUCUAAAUUUUGAUUUACUGUAACACUAUUUCAGGAUAAUGUUCAUUAUUUAAUGUUGUAUUAUUUUCUUCAGAAUUUUCAUUAUGCAGAUUUGUAUAGUAGUUUUCUAAGUCAAUGGAAUCAAAUUCACUCUCAGGAAAUUUAGUUUUAUCAUGAUAAUAUAAAUCAAUUGAUAUUCUCGACACUGUGUUAUCAUGUUUCAUCAAUGUUGACCAAAGUGUUCCAAGAAUUUCAAAAAAUUUACAAUUUAGUAAUCUACCAAUACUUUUUCCUACCAUUUUCUUGCCAAAUUUGUUCCAUUUUGUUUUUAAAUGCCCAAAAAUAUUUGUCUAAUGGUUAUAGUCUGUCAGUAAGAUGACUAGAAAAUUUUAAUUAAAAUAUAUUUUUUUUCAAUUGCCAAAUUUAAAAUACGCAAACUUAUAUAAGAACAAUAAUUAUCAAAUAAUAAAACAACGGUUUGGUUGGGUUUAUUUUUUGAAAUUCUUAAUGUUCCAAUAUUUCUAAUAAACCGUCUCAAACCAAUAGUCUUAACUUUAACUUUAAAAUUUUACUAAAAUUUAUUUUGUUCAAUAAAUUUUAGUAAAAUUUUUAGUAGAUUUUUAUCUAAUAACAUACUGAUAGAAAAAAAAAUUAUAAAAAUUAAAAUAGUUUAAUUUAAUAAUAUUAAGAUUACUGAUAUUAACUUAAUUGUCCAGUAUGUAAAAGUCAUGUUUUUUUUAUUUUUAUUUUCUUAAGGUAGUUGUUCGAAGAUUACCUCCAACAAUGACAGAAGAACGAUUUCUCAAUGAAGUAUCUCCGUUGCCAGAAAAUAAUUACAUGUAUUUUAUACCUGGUGAUCCACAAGCAGCACCAUUUCAUCAUUCAAGAGUAUAUAUUAGUUUUUUGAACGAAGAAGAUAUGUAUAUGUUUACUGAUAAAUUUGAUGGUUAUGUUUUUGUGGAUGACUCUGGUAAUGAACAUAUUUUCAUAAAAAUAAUUUAAAUUAAUUUUUGGUACUUUUAUAGGGGAUGAGUUUCCUGCUAUUGUGGAACUAGCGCCUUACCAGAGAAUACCAAAAAAGAAAUUAGAUAAAGAUCCAAAUUGGGGUAAGAUCCAUGAGAAUCUUGCGUUCUUGGAAUUUAAACGCAAUUUUGAGCAGAAGACUAUUGAUACCACAUUAAAAACUACCCAACAUUUUUUUGAAUCUGUUGAAGGUAAAUUUGUAAUUGAGACUUUUUGUAUGUUUAUAUUUGUUUUUAAGUGUAUCUCUUUUAUUAGAUAAAAAUCAAGAACGGGACUUAAGUACCCCAUUACUUGAAUACUUAGCAAAACAAAAUGAUAAGCAACGUACACGGGUAAAUCAAAGAGACGAACGCCGUAAAAAAGUAUUUAUCAGAAAACAAGAAAAAGAGGAAGUUCGACGAAAUAACAGGAAAACAGAUAAAGAAAUUUUCAUAAAACCUAAACCAAUUAGUAAAAAAAUAAUUGAAGAAAAACCAAUAAAGGACACAAUCCAAAAGUACAAAGAUUUAAGUUUUUACUAGUAAUAAAUUAUCUUAUUAAUAUAAAUAGUUUCAUCGAUCAAAUAAAUUAUUAGGUAUGAGGUGUAACAGUAAAAUUGCACGUCUUAAUCCCAUUGAUGACCAGGGCUAAGAACUUAAUAAUUUAAAAACGUUCAAAUAUCUCAUAUCUCAAAGAAGUUAAAAUAAGCUUUAUGGAUAAAAAAUGGACAUACUUCGCACAACGGGUGGGCCACUGUUAUAGUUGGGAAAGUAGGAUAUAAAGAGGAAUUUAAUUUAUAUUGGUACAUAUUUAUAUAUUUGAUAAACCAUUUUUAACGAGAAAACGAUUCUGAAUGAAAUUUGAUUGUACAUGUUUAAAAGGUCGUAAUAUUUAAAUAUUAAAAUAUUUAUUUAUUAAUAUUUAAGUAUUAAAAUAUUUAUUCAAUAAUAUUUUUUAUGGGACAAGUUCUUUAAAUACAGGAACAUAUAAUAUUUAAUAAUAAUCUAGAACAACUGCAUUAAUAUACACUCAAACAUUAUACAGUUAGAAUAUUGGUAUCAGAAAACAAAUUGAUAUUGAAUUAGGAUUCUCUUACAUACUUCCCAAACAAAUAUACAUUUGUUUCCUGAACACUGGUUGUGAUAUUAUCAAUUACCCCAACAUUUAGUCAUGAUCCUUGACUAUAAUCUAUGUAUUUUAAAAAGGUGUACAAACAGAUUAAUAUUAAUUAAUAUGGAUGGAUUACGAUAUAAUAUUGUAGACCCUAUUAAUAAAGGUUUGAUUAACGUAACAUACCAAUUUAAAUUAAGAACAGAGUAAUACUUGUCUACAACAUUUUUAACUAUCACACGCAACUAUACACUAUUCAUUUUCUUUCUCGUAGAUCUCUUUACCAUGGCAUAUAUGAUUGAUGACCAUAAUCCGUGAUUUUAAUUUGGGGAUUAAUGUAGUUAUUAUAGUAAAUAUUAUCAAAAAUUGUAUUACACAAAAUGAAUAUUCCUUUUAUUAUUAAUAAAAUGAUUGCAAUUUGAUUAGUACUUAUAGAAGGAAUUGUGUAUCACAAAAUUCAAAACUGUGUGGUUUGAGUUCUGCUGUACACAAUUUAGCUAGUACCUUAAUAGAACUACCAUUCAUAUUAAUAGCAAAGUGUUAUACAUGUAAUAACAUGGAGAUUAAUAAAUUUAUAAUUAUAAUAAUACUGUUAUUUUUUUAUUUUUAGAAAAAUUCUUAAAAAUCACAGAGAAGAUUCAGAAUUUGUUGAUGAGAAAAAAACUAAUAUUGAUGAAACUAAUAAAACAAAAAAUGAAGACCCUCCUAAAGAAAAUGAAUUUAAAAAAAUAGAAUUUAAAUUAAAAACAAACAAGUUGAAUAAUACAAAUAAAUGUUUUAAUAGUGAUUUAAAAGAUGAAAUUCCGCCAAAAGUUGAUAAAAUGUGUAUAGAUGAAUCUAAAGAAGUUGUAGAAAUUAAAAAGAAAUUCGAAAAAUUAAAACUAGAACAAUUAGAAAAAAAAGCUACUGAAGCUUUGAAAAACAUGAAACUCUACGAAGAUAAAGAGAGUGUUGAUACUAGUGAAAAUGAUAACUAUAAAAAACAUCGAUCUGAUACAGACAAAAAAUGUUCUUAUCACAAAAAAAUAGAAAAUCGCCAUCAGGAAUCUAAAACUGAUCGCCGAAUAAGAAAUAAGGAUCGUCCAGCUAUAGAAAUUUACAGACCAGGAAUGGGCAGGUUGAGUAAGUUAAAAUCUGAUAAUGAUUGUGUUGAUUCUGAACUAAAAAAGUAG